AUGAACUUUCUCUCGAGCAGGUACAAGCUGAUACAGCGUUCCGAAGGACAGGUGAAACCGCUGCUUGACGAACACGUGGCGCUGCCGAAAGGUCUACCACCGGCAGAACUCGACCUGGACGCCCUGAUGAGGGCUUCGCAGGCCUGGCAAGCACUGCAGGACGCCCUCAACUCCACGGGAGGGCGUUCCAUGCCGCUGGACCCACUGCCCGAAUGGCGCGAACAAGCCACGGUGCAGUGCAAUCGCAAAUCGGACGAACCUGGCAACUUUGACCCGCACGGCGGUGUCUUCAUGUUCGACAUAGUCAACGACCCGUGCGAGACGGACAACGUUGCGUCCUCCCAUCAAGAGGAACGCGACAGGCUCCUGGAGAAGCUGAACAAUUACAGAACCCUCCUUUCUCCGGGACAAGGCGACACGAAAUCCGACGAGCGGGGAUAUCCGGAGUACCAUGACUGCCUGUGGUCCCCGUGGGUGAACGUGACACCGUCGCCGUACCGGAACUGCCAUUCCUCAUUCCUGCACGGGUCCUCCAAACGUCCGCACAUCAUCCUUUUGCUAGCGGAUGAUCUUGGCUGGAACGACGUCAGUUUCCACGGGUCUCGGCAGAUCCCGACGCCCAACAUCGACGCCCUGGCGGCCACUGGUGUCAUACUGCAGCGCCACUACUCGGCGUCCACCUGCACCCCCUCGCGCACGGCGCUGCUCGCCUCUGUAUAUCCGGCUGGCACGAACGUUGGAUACCAGGCGUUUCCACCAGCCUCGAAGCGGUCCCUGUCUCUGCGCGUUCAGCUGCUGCCACAGUGGCUGAAGCGAUUGGGAUACAGCACUCACAUCGUGGGCAAGUGGCACCUGGGAUACUCGUCCAUCGAGUACACGCCCACUUGGCGUGGCUUCGACACGUUCUUUGGCUACUACAACGGCGCCAGCUACUAUUUCAACCACACAUUAUACUGGAAAGGACACUGCGGCUUGGACCUUUGGCGCAACGUCAGAAAUAGAACUCGACCUGUCACAAAUCUCAAAGGAGUCUACUCGACGGAUGCUUUCACCGAGGAGGCCGAGCAGAUCAUUCGGAACCACGAUGCACUGAAGCCGUUGUUCCUGUACUUGAGCUACCAAGGUGUGCACAGCUCCUGCGAUGGCUGCACGGCGGAGGCACCUCGUCGGAAUGUGGAAAAGUUCCCCUACAUUACAGCGUGGAACCGUACUGUACUGGCCGGAGCUGUGGAUGCGUUAGACGAGUCCGUUGGGCGUCUCCUAGAGACGCUACAGUCGCGCGGCAUGCUUGCCGCCAGCGUUGUACUGUUCGCCAGCGACAACGGCGCGGGACCACUGGCCACUGCGAAUGACGAGCUCCCGAACGCGGGCAACAACUGGCCUCUGAGAGGGGGCAAGGAGGACGCUUGGGAAGGCGGGCUCAGGACGCCGGCGGUGCUGUGGUCGGCUAGUCUCCGAGAUCCUCUACGGCGGCCGCCCUCCCAGCAGGUGCUGCACAUGGUCGACUGGGGUCCCACGCUUUACGCAGCCGCAGGUGGUGACGUUUCGGACCUCGGUGACGUGGACGGCAGGAACUUCUGGACGUCCCUGACAACCGGCGAAGGCGAAGGACGCGCCGAAGUGCUCCUGGAGCUUGAAGGCCAGCGACAGACGUCAGCUCUCAUAUCAGGCAGGUACAAGCUAGUGAAGCGUCCGGGCGGGCCCACUGACGAAUUACAAGAUCGUCAGGUGGCGCCACCUAGGGGACAGCCUCCAGACGACUUGGACCUGGACGACCUCAUGAGGUCCUCGGCAGCUUGGAAGGCCUUGCAGGCAGCCCUCAGGGCUUCGAACAGCACGUCGACCUCGACGUCCCCGAGACCGAAUUGGCGCGCAGAGGCGACCGUUCGCUGUGGCGACGACAACGGGUCGACUGACGCCGCGAGAAACUUCGAUUCCUACGACAGUGUGUUCGUGUUCGACAUCGUCGGCGACCCUUGCGAGGCUAGGAACCUGGCGUCGUCCGAACCUGAGAACUGCAACAUCUGA